CACACCGAGACGCAGCCUCGAGGGCGAGUGAGGGAGGUGUGUUUUCUGUGUUGGGGUUGGCACACCUGGGCCACGAACCAACCUUGCCUACCUUACCUACCAACCUCUACUUCACCUCUCCAUUAAUACUCGUGACACGCCUCACUUCAUUUGCGCACACCACGGCACAGCGGCUGUUUCUGAGUUCAUCUGGUCGUUGGCGUCCACGACCCCGCCUGACCUCUUCGCCGUCUGAUCAUCGAGCUGCCCCCGAAAGCCAUCAGCGUCGCUCGGUCGUGCGACCUUCCCAAAACGUUCAUUGUCGCUAUCUGCCUCCUCUCGUCGACACACUCCACUACCCCCGGCCGCUGCGCCAAAGACCCAGCCCAGAACCUCCACCGUCGCCGUCAGUCAGUGACGUGAGGCGGAGCCAACGACCAACGAGGCAUCCCGAACGCCCGACCAAAGUCACUACCAAAACAUUGUGCCACGUCGCGAGUCUCUCACUCUGCGCUGCAGCUUGCCGACAUCAUAGUUCGAAAUCAAUCGCCGUCUUCGCAAUUGGACCGCUCGUAGACUGUGGAGCGCAUAGAUUGAACAGCCCACCAUGUUUGUUCUUCCGCCUCCCCCGCGAUACCCUUCGCACGGGGGCGCUUACGGAGCCAUCGGCGCCGGCAUCGCUCCCAUGAUCGAGACAAACAACAUCCUCACCAACCCCGAGGGCCCGGAAUACCAGUUUCUGGUCGGCGAGGGCACCUACGUGCUGAAGGAAGAUCUCCACCUCGCGACACCGCCGCCUCACCCAUCCGAAGCCCCCGUCGUGAAUCCGAAUCCUCUUGCGACGAGCCCGCAGCCCGCAACCGCCGGGACCAAGCUCUCCCUCAUAAGCCUCGAUUUGCGCGCCCCGCCGCCCUUCUUCUACAAAGGUUCCUCCGCCACAACGUUAUCACUGGGAGGUGACAUACAAGAACACCCCAACGAGGGCCGAUACUCAACCGAGGCUGGGCUCAGCAGCGAUGGGGGUGGCGGCUCUCUCAGCGACGCGCCCCCGACGUCGUUGACUAUGGUGUCUGCUCCGGCGUUUGGCGACGGCAACACGGCAUUGGCACCGGCCAGUACUAAGGAAGCGGCCAAGAAGAAAGUGGCCAAACCCAAGAACAACAUGACUAAGAGCAACUCGUCGUUCAUCUCUAGAGUAAUUGUCAACGAAAGCCUGACCAAAAAACUACAGGAAAGGCCCACAGACGGUGUGUUUGCUUUUGCCAACAUCAACCGGGCGUUUCAAUGGUUGGACUUGUCGUCGCCAACAAAGGCCGACUAUUUAACCAAGAUUUUGUUCACCAAGGCUCACUGCCUCUGCCACGACGUCAAUCCAAUCACUAAGAACAUCGCACACAUUGAUGUCAUUAUGGGGUUCUCUACAGGUGAAAUUAUCUGGUGGGAGCCAGUUUCGCAACGAUACACUCGUUUGAACAAGAACGGCAUCAUCAAUGGCACGCCCGUCUCUGAGAUUAGGUGGAUUCCCGGCUCCGAGUCCCUCUUCCUAGCGGCGCACAUGGACGGUUCGCUGGUGGUGUACGACAAGGAUAAGGAGGACGCGCAGUUCUCUCCAGAGGAUGAGCUAGCAACAAAUGGAUCAACGAAUGGAGAGAGCGAUUCAACUAACGGCAUCAACCACAACCUCAAGAUCCAGAUCAAUAAGUCGGUUCACUCCAAGAAUCAGAAGGCCAACCCGGUGGCAUCAUGGAAACUGUCGAACCAGCGCAUCAAUGCAUUUGCCUUCAGCCCAGACAACCGGCACCUGGCAGUGGUCUCGGAAGAUGGCUCGCUGCGCAUCAUUGACUACUUGAAAGAAGAACUGCUUGAUCUCUACCACUCCUACUACGGCGGCUUCAUCUGCGUCACGUGGUCUCCGGAUGGCAAAUACGUGCUGACAGGAGGACAGGACGACCUGAUCUCCAUCUGGUCUGUCGUGGACUCGGCCAUCGUAGCGCGCUGCCAAGGUCACCAGUCAUGGGUGACAUCGGUGGCAUUCGACCCGUGGCGCUGCGACGACAGAAACUACCGGUUCGGCAGUGUUGGCGAGGAUUGCAGGUUGUGUUUGUGGGAUUUUAACGUUGGCAUGCUGCAUCGUCCCAAGGCGGCUUCCGUCCAUCACCGGGGCUCCGUGUCCUCACGGUUCGUCAACCCCCUGCAGCGACAAGAAACAGCGAACACUUCGGCAAGUCGGAUUCGGUCCAACUCUACGCUGUCUGGAGGCGUCGUGGACGAAGAAGGCAGCAUCGUCCACCCCGUCGAGCCUCGCGCGAGAAUCGCCAUGCUGCCCCCUGUCUCGUCCAAAGCAGUCGAUACCCACCCACUUUGCUGGCUUGAAUUCACAGAGGAAGCCAUCAUCACGAGCUGCAAGAACGGUCAUAUCCGGACGUGGAACAGGCCGAGUGACGUCCCGGUACCGACAGAGGGCGCAUCUCAACCAUCCUAGUCGACGGGUCUCCGUUUUGUUGCCGGCAUUGGAACUUGGGUGUAGGACUAGCCAAGCAAGCAUCAUUGCUCUGCACAUUUUAUCAUCUUGAACAGUGUCCA